ACAACAAAUUUCCAUAAUGUUCAAACGUUUUACGCGAAACAGAAAAUGUCAUCCACGGGUGAUUCGACGAUUGACGCACGAAAUGCCGAAGCACCUCGAGAAAGUCGCCACGGACAAGGAUCCAGAGUUCUCCUCGAUGAUUCUCUAUUACUACCACAAAGCUGCCCAGGUGAUGGAGCCGACGCUGCUCAAGGAAAUGGAUCAGCACACGCAUUUUAAGCCCGAAGAGAAACAAGCACGAGUGAGUGCAAUCUUGAAUCUAAUCGGAAGUGUCUGCACCUCCCUCGAGGUUAGUUUUCCCAUCAUAAAAGCCAAUGGCACCUAUGAGAUCAUCACCGGAUAUCGAGCGCAUCACGUGAGGAAUCGUUUGCCGUUAAAAGGAGGCAUUCGCUUUGCUAUGGAUGUGGAUGAAGCCGAAGUCAAGGCACUCGCCUCCAUCAUGACAUUCAAGUGUGCCUGCGUCAAUCUGCCUUAUGGCGGAUCCAAGGGAGGUGUCCGCAUCGAUCCCUCCAAGUAUACAGCCAAAGAGUUACAGACAAUCACGAGGCGCUAUACGAUGGAACUGUUGAAGAGGAAUAUGAUCGGGCCUGCCAUCGAUGUACCAGCCCCCGAUGUCAAUACUGGCCCACGUGAGAUGAGCUGGAUAGUCGAUCAGUACACGAAAACAUUUGGCUACAAGGACAUCAAUGCGGCAGCUAUAGUAACUGGGAAGCCAGUUCAUGUUGGCGGCAUUAAUGGUAGAAACUCGGCAACAGGACGAGGCGUGUGGAAAUCAGGUGACUUAUUCCUGCAGGACAAAGAAUGGAUGGAUAUGAUUGGCUUGGAAACUGGCUGGAAAGACAAGAAGGUUAUUGUUCAGGGAUUCGGCAAUGUGGGUUCGUUUGCCGCACAAUUUGUCCACGAUGCAGGCUCCAAAGUAAUCGGAAUCCAGGAGGUGGAUUUUUCAUUGACAAACGCUGAUGGAAUAGAUAUCGAUGAUAUUAUGGAGUUCAAAGGGGAGAAAGGAACCAUCAAGGGUUAUCCAAAGGCGAAGGAAACGAAAGAAUCUCUGCUCACUGCAGAGUGUGAUAUCCUGAUGCCUUGUGCAACCCAGAAAGUUAUUACCAGCGAGAAUGCCAAGGAUAUUAAAGCUAAGCUGAUCCUGGAAGGAGCCAAUGGACCAACUACGCCUGCUGGAGAGAAGAUUCUGCUGGACAAGGGCGUCUUAAUAGUUCCCGAUCUGUAUUGUAAUGCUGGGGGUGUGACAGUGUCCUACUUUGAGUAUCUAAAGAACAUAAACCACGUAACGUAUGGCAAGAUGACGGCCAAGACAACAUCUCAGCUUAUUCACGAGGUUAUGAAUUCAAUAAACCAAUCGUUAAUGGAAACAGAAGGGUGUAAAAUUCCAGAAAUAGUGCCCAAUCGUGGUCUUCAAAAAAUUCGAGACUGUACGACGGAAGCCGAAAUCGUAGAUGCAGCACUUCAGACAGUUAUGGAGUCGUCAGUCAUUGGUAUUAAGAACAUAGCAAAUCAAUUUAAAUUGUGCAACGAUCUACGAACUGCCGCCUACAUUUGGGCCAUAUUUAAGAUAUUCCGUGCUCUUGAAAGCUCCGGUAUAUCACAGCAGUGAUAGCUUCAGUUUGAAGACAAAAUCAUUUUAGAAUUUUAGAUAUCUCUCAUGAAUUGUAAGGAUUUAUAAGAACAAAAUUGUAAUUUGUUGACGCUUAGUAUUUUAAAGGAAAAUGUGUUGAAAGUAAUUUAAUUUUAAAAGAACAACUAAAUAUAAGAUAAAUAUUAUAU